AUGAGAUUUUCACUGUUCAUUGCUGCCACUUCUUUCAUUGCUGCGGCCUCGGCAGCUGCCGUGUCUACGCCGGCGGCGACUAUGAGGCUGGUCAUGAACGACCUGGUAAAGAUCGGUAAUCAGUUCACCAAAAUCACAUCGGAUGUCAACAACUUCCCCCAGACGGGAGCUCAAGGAGCAAGUGAUAUUCACGCAGACGAGGUGGCAAUUCACGCAUUGUUCCUGGACGUAAAUAAAAAUUUGGGUCUUCUGCCACAGCCAGUAUCGCAAGAGAAUAUCAAGAAGGUCGUUUCUACAUACAAUAGCUUCACACCCAACAUUCUUGCAUACCUGAACGGAAUCACUUCCAAGGCCGCUGAUUUUAAGGCCUUAGGCACCGCCGAAACUACCACAAUGACUAAUGAUUUGGCCCUAUCUGGCGAUGCGUGCAAAGCAUUCGCCACCACAGUGCUCUCGAUUACCCCGCCUGUUAUGUCCGAUGCUGUCAACACGAUGUUUACCAGCGUCGAUGCGGCUAGAGAGAGUGCUGUAGCCGCUUUUGCUUAA